AUGGUGACUGGAAGGAAAUUGGACAUUGAUGAUUCAAGUGAAGUCUUAGAAGGCCAAACCAAUUUCAUAAUGGUUGACAGAUUUGAAAUUUUAAGUACUGGAAUGGAUGAAAUUGCCUUACUUAACAACCUGAGAUUGACAUUAGAAGUAGAAUUCUAUGGUGAGCUUUGUAAGAAGCUGCCACAGUUUAUGUAUUUGUUUGUACCAAAUGAAAAUAGCAUUUUGACCUUUCGGAAACUAAAGUUUCUCUUAAAGCCUGAGGGAUCAAACAGCCGCAAGUAUGAAAAUGAAGUUUAUGCAGUCUUCAUUGCAUACCUGAGAGAAGUAGCAGGUGGUAGAAGAUCUGGGAUUACAUUGACCCACAUUCUGAAGUUUGUUACAUGUGACUUCCAUGAGCCAAUUUUGGGAUAUAGAGAAGGUCCUUCAUUAUCAUUCUAUGAAAAGCUAAAAGAUGCAUUAUUCUUUCCUACUGCAAACACCUGUAUUAAUAUGCUGAAGCUCCCAAGAGCAUGUCUUGAUCAACAACUUCCAGAAAAAAAAAUACUGUUGGACAACAAUGACGACAACCGUAUUUACAAAGGACUGGGAGACUGCGACUCAAAGGUCAAUGAAGAACUCAUAUUAUAUUUUAAAGAUUUGCCACCAGAGGAAAACGUUUCAUUAGAACGUGUAGAAAGCUUUUUAGGAAGAGGCACCAAUGUUAAUUGUACGGACAAAUAUGGACAAACUGUUAUGCAUGAGGUAGCAAGUAGCUGGCAUGUUGACGUCGCCCGAUUUCUUGCUGAUAAAGGCGCCAAUGUCGAUGUUGGUGACAAAGACGGAAGAACGCCACUUCACGUGGCUGCAGCGACAAAUCAUCAUGAAAUGGUGAAGUUUCUACUCGAUAAGGGAGCUAAAAUAGAACACAAGACUUAUGGACAACAACUGACUCCAUUGGCCAUUGCUGCAUCAUAUGACGCAGUUGAGGCCCUGGGUGUAUUAUACAAGCGUGGCGCAGAUGUAAACACUGCCGGGAACAAUGGAAGAACACCAAUAAUGGUGGCAGCUAUGGGGGAUCGUAGUGUGACCUGUCGUUAUCUUCUGAAUAUUGGUGCUAAAGUUGAUCUCAUUGAUAAGAACGGCGAAUCCUGUAUUGUUGUAAUGCAAUCAAAAAUGUCACAAGUGGCAAAAGAAGCGUUAAAUCAAUUCCAUGUAAAGAAUCCCAAAAAUCGCAAACAGUUCUACUAUUUGAAUCAACUGGAAACACGGAAACCUGGUGUGGAUGCGAAACCUGGUCUAACCCCUAUGGAAGUUAUUGUUGAGAAUAAUCAACUAGAUUUAAUUACACACCCUGUUUUCACGAAACUCAUAGAAGUCAAAUGGGAGCAAUUUGCAAGGAAAGGUGCUUGGAAACGUUUCUUAUUAGACCUACUACUUAUUUUAUGCUGGACUGUAUUAGCAUUGGCAAAACCAGAUGCUCGGGGCUGUUAUGAUUUCCCUGGAGAUGUAUGGCGCGUAAUACUGUGGAUUAUAGCAUGUGGUUAUACCAUAAUUCUCAUCUUUGAAGAACUAAAGGAGUACCAUUCAUCACAACAAAAAAUCAAAAAGUGGCAAGAAUGGAAGAAGAAAAUCAUAGAUGAUGAUCUGGAACAUUGUGAUCAACUUGAACAAUGGCCAGAGGAAAAGGGGUGGCUGGAAAACGAACGUGGCGAAGUAGAUAAAAAGUCAGCUCCAUAUUUUCGCGAUUUUUGGAACAUAUAUGAUUGGAUUGUGUAUGUCCUACUAGUGAUAGUAGUUGUACUGCAUUUAGUGGAUAUAGCCGCUGUGUCUGAUGAACUUUGUAAUCCGCCAUGGCAAGAAAAUAAAACCAUCUGGGAUGGCUCUACAACAGAAUCCCCGAACUUUGAGGAUUACGCAAGUGCUGCCGCAAAAUUACACAUACGACUUUUUGCUUUCACUGUAAUCUUCGUGUGGAUUAGAUUAUUUAAACCAGCGAGGGCGUUUACAUCUUUAGGUCCGUUCAUUGUAAUGUUGUAUAAUAUUCUUGGUGAUAUUGCAAGAUUCAGUUUUUUGUAUUUUGUAUUCUAUAUUCCAUACGUGUGUGCAUUUUGGAUGAUGUUUGGGGGUGAUGUAGAUGGCUUUGAGACUGUGUCAGAAACCAUGUUCAGUUUGUUCCGGAUGACACUGGUUGACGAAUAUAACUAUGAUGGUCUGAAAGACGAACAUCCUGUAAUGACUGAUAUUUUGGUUGGAACGUAUCUUGCAAUUACAGCAGUUAUCUUCUUGAAUCUCUUCAUUGCAUUACUAAGUGAAACCUUUGUCAGAGUUCAUGACAACGUGAAAUCAAAUGCACUUAUGGAGAGAGCUAAAAUCAUUCACAGUCUUGAAGAUAAAUUAUCAGAAAAUGACAAGCAGAAGUUUUACAAAUAUAUUCAUGAGAAGUGUGCACCGUUGGACGAAUUUUAUGAUGAUGAUGAGGACAUUCCAAGAGAAAAUGAAGGCAUGAAUAAAAUGACGAUUCAAAUCAAGGAACAACUCAAUCAACUCUCAGAACGUUUAUCUAGAAGUAAGCACCCUGGAGACAGAGGCAGUGUCGAUGUGCUUCCGUCACCAAGGGAACAAACGGUAUAUGAACGAGAUAAUCACAGUGAGCUGGCUGAUAUGAAGCAACAGCUAAAUGAAUCAACUGAACGAAUGCAGACCCGCAUGGAUGAUAUGAUGAAUAUUUUACAAUCGCUGACAGGAUCAAAAGGUGGAACUCGAGACUUUGGGUCAGCACACGAAUCACACCGAGGACAAUUUUCCGAGCCUAACAGCCGAAUUGAGCUUGAUGUUAAAGAUUCUGCACCACAUGGUGAUGAUGGAAAAGCUGACAUCAGUGCAAAUGUACAAAGUUCCCCUGCAGAUACUAUCCCUCUGCGUUCGAUGGAUGGAAAUGAUAAUGGUGAAUCGUCGGCCUGA